GACAAGAGGGAAAAGUGGUGGACAGGGGCGGGACAGGGUCAUGUGAGACUGAGAUGUCAAGGGUCGGGGGUCAGGAUAGGCCGUUCCAAAAUAAGCCUUUGCAAGGCCAAUGCCAGGCCAAAGUUUACUAAACAGCUUAGUUCAUAGACUUGAAUUAUCACAUAGAUUAGUCACUGUCAUGGCCGCUGCUUUUUGCUCUCUAUGCAGAGUUUGCAGGGCCAACUCACACCAUCAAUGCAGAUAAUGGAUGCUGCAAAGAAGUAAAAAAAAAAACAGCCCAAAAACAACACUAAAGAAGUCUAUAGUCUCGAUAUAUUCAAGUAAGUGAGCAUCCUCCCCCCUCCCCUGUCCUCCAUUCCAAAUUAAAUGAGAUGACGAUACGCUGUGUGAGUAAACCGGAAAUACGUCAGAAUAUACAUCUUGGAUACAAGUCUAUGGUCUCGCUGAGCGUUUGCAUUCGAAUUCUUUGCUGCCUGUUUGGCAAAAACCCUUUUGAUUAUAAUAGGGCUUAUAUUAUGGCAAAAUUGCAGGAAGAAAAGAAUUGAACAAAGGCUUAGCCUAACCUUAAGGCUCUAGUUUCUUGCACAGUGCAACUAGCUGGUCAUUCCUGUGUGUUUCAGGGGAAAAAAGUUGGUUUAAUCAUUUUGACUUUAAUUUGUGGAUAAUAUUCGAACACAACUCGAACUUAUUUCGGAGGUUAUCUGCAAGUGUUUCUUUCGGUAAGUGCUUUUGUACGGCAUUGACGUGAAGAAAAUCAUAUUAAUAUUGAUUUUAUUCUCAGCUUGUCCUCAGUAGACCACUAUGGGCUAGGUCUAUUAUUGUUUUUGGCUGUAGACUUAUAAUGAGCACAACGGUGCCGCUUCCUUGUUGAUUUGUCAUCGUUCUUGAAACCGAUCUGGCAACAUUGGACGAGCGGUAGAUUCAAUAUGUCGGUCGGAACAACAAUUCUGUUGUCAGUGUGUGCAGUUUGAAUCCAUCCAAACAACCAAGGAUUAGAUAUGAAGAUCAAGACUAAAUAACACGCUGUUUUUGAUUCGGAAGGAAUAGUUAUAUCUAUACCUUUUUGUAGAGGGUGCAGUUCCUUGAAGCUUUCUUCCAUCCCGAUUCUCGUCUUCUGUGAAGAGCAAAGACCAAAAAGUUUGAAAAAGUACCGAAGUCGGGCAAUUUAAAAAAUCAAAGCCUAUCCAUCUAGAAGAUGGACACUCCUCUUGCCAAAAAGCAGCCAAGGAGGAAACUUCAAAAGAUCAUCAAACGAAAAAGCAAAGUCACACCAAACGGGUCUUUGUUAUAUCAAAAGAAAGUAAAAAGUGCCAUCAACGUGAGCUUGAAUGCAACUCAAAGCUUAAGAACCCUCAAAACAAACAACAGAGCCCUCGCAACAAAACUUGAAAAUUUGAAGAUGGAAAUGCGAUACAUGUCAGAUGCCCACACUGGUUUGCUUCAAAAGAAUCAUGAGCUGUGUGAGAAAAUUCUCUCCCUGGAAAGACUUAUUGAAGAUCCAUCGUCUUACAUUGAAGAAGAAGUCGACAAAAGAAAUGGGCUCCUCUGUUCUCAAGUCAAGACGAAGCUCAGACAGAUGAAGUCCAACGUUGACAGUUUUCUUGAAAAUCUGUUGGACUUGUCAGAAAUUUGCUCCAUGAGCAAUUCCACUUCAACUUCUGAUGAGCACCUUAAUUGCGAGACCUCACAUUACUCACCAGAGCCAAAAGCUGCCCCAGAGGGUCAGUUUAGUAAGCCAUUUGGGGGAGCCCCUCUAUACUCCACCAUGUUCAGUGGUGUGGAAGCAGCCUCACAGCAAACUCUGGGAGUAAACGAGAUGACUAUGAUCAUGGAACAGUCCGCUCUGUCUUCUCCCAACCGCAGAGCAAAUGUUAGCAGUGGUGAUCUACCGUCAUUGGAGGAGAAUGAUCCAACAUCCCCAACACUCUCUGGUCCUGUGAAGACAGUUCAGUUGGGUAACUACUCAAAGUUACCUGUGCGUGUUCCCAAGACCUCUAGCCUUGAUGGAAGUGGUGUCAAUCAAGAUGUCCCUGAUCCUACUCUCCAUUUGAAAACCAAAAAACCAGUCAGAAGGGAAACUUUCAUUGUAAAUCCAAGUGGCGAAGUGGGAGGAAUAACAGAUACGACUGCCCCUUUUGAUUUGGUACCAAGUUCUGAAAUUGAUAUAUAUAACAGCCCAUCCGAAAGUCUCAAGAAUGAUAAAGAUUUUGGAAGAGAAGAUAAGCAUGUGCCCGAAGAAGAGAGUGCCAUUGUUUCUAAAAGGCAAAGCAGAAGUCGAAGUCGAGAGCGAACUGAGAGUAAAAACAAAACAUCGAGCCAAAAGAUGCAAAAGCAAGGAAGGGUGGCUUUGAAAGACGUGAAUACAACAGUUAAAAAGAGCACCAUUGCUCCAGUGUCAAAGAAACAGGACCUCUAUAUAGCAAAUGAAUUUGACUUAAUUAAUUCUCACAAAGAAAUUAUGCACAAAUUUGAAACUUUGAAACAAACCAAACCGCAAGUAGUGGAGACGCAUGCUCCAACAUAUGGACCCUUUGAGUGCGAAGAGCCUACAAUCCAUGCUCUUGCUGACAUGGAACUCACUAUUGGAAUUGACAGUGAAAUGUUAAACCAGAUGGAAGAGUCUACAAAAACAGAGGCGACAUCUUCGUGUGACGCUAACACUGAGGAGACCUCAAGAAGCACUCUUGGCGGUGCUAGAAGCCGAGGUAAAAAUACUGAUACAUCUCUCUCGGGAAGUAGUGGAGAAAGUGCUUGUGAGGAAAAAGUGCCUGGUGCUGUUACGUUACGAUAUGGUAAACCUGGGAAGUUUGUCUUUGCGGCGGCAAGAAAGGAAGAAGAUGGUACUCGCAAAAACAUUCCUGUCAAUAUUCCUAGGGCAAGAUCCAAAUCAAAAAAGCAAAUUGCAGAAAUGAUUGACAACUUGCCCCAAGAAGAGCCGAAGUCAAUAUUUGAUUUUCAUGACAAAACACCUAGAAUCAAUGCUGAAAAAACUAAAGAAUUUUCAGUUUACAACAUAUCUGCAGAUGAUUCGAAUUUGUCUCCAUUGGUCCCCUUGAGCAGGAGCAGGCGUGCGCAAAAAGCUGAUAUCCAAACAUUUGAAAAUAGAACAUCUCUUCUUGAUGAAGGUGAAAGUUACUCAGAAGCCUUGAAAGAUUGCUCUGCUUCCUCAAAAUCUAAAGACGAUGGAUUUGGGAAACCCACUAGGUCUCGCAGAAGCAGAAAAAAAUCUCAGACACGUGACAGCUCAAAUCUUAAUGCGUUAGGUGAUGAUGAGACAGCAGAGAAGGCUGCAUGUGUCCGAGAGAAGGAAAGAAAGAAGUCCCAGGCUAGGGGUGAAGCUUCUUCUGAUCUUGGAAAAAGAAGCCCCAGUCCCCAAAAGAGAGGGGUGUCGACAAAGAGCAGGGGUCGGUCACGGAGUAGGCGCAAUAUGUCAUCGGAGCCAGAAGACGACAGCAAAGAAGCCUUGUCAGUUGUGAACACUGAAAGCAGGGUUCCAGAGACUGCUGAAAUAAAUCAUUUAGAUUUAUCUUCGACAAAAGUAUCUGAAAAUGAUGGGCAGGAAUUGGGAAAAUGUGAAAGGAGUGGAAUGAUUGGGGAAGGAAUUUCUUAUGAAGAACCUUUAAAAUGCAGUCCUGUUGAACGGCGAGGUAUUUCUGGAAGAAAAAGCAGAGGUCGAUCUCGUGGCAAAGUGCCUAAAAGCUCUGACUCUGAUGGCAAGGAUAAUAACGAUACUAUCGAAAUGAUAGAAAAUUCUAGGUAUCAAAGCAGGAAACUAUCUGAAGUGGACCAAGUGUCAUCUGUUGGAGCUGAGAAUGCUUCCAAAGAAAUGCUCAAGUCUUGUAAGAAAAGUGGGAAAAAAUUACUAGGUGAAGGAAUUUCUUAUGUGGAACCUCUGAAAUGCAAUAGCCCAAGUCCGCAAAGGCAAAGGACCAGAGGUAAAAGCAGAGGUCGCUCACACAGCAAGACAGCUCACAGUCCAGUCUCUGAGGGUGAAGAGAAGAACCCCUCAACUGCCAAAGUCACAGUGCGCUCUCGCAGUAGUAGAAGGAAAAUAUACAGUUUCCAAAACAAUGAAGAAACCGGUCGCAGCUCUGAAAAUACUACAAAAGAAGUCAAUUCUCCAAAGAGAGGAGUUCUUGAUGAGGGAAUCACGUAUGAAGCUCUAAAAUGUGAUAGUCCUAGCCCUCAAAGGAAAAAUACUAGAGCCAAGAGUAGAAGUCGUUCUCAGAAGAAGGUUGAAGAGAAGAGCGAACCCAGUUCUGAAAAAAACACUGCAGAAAUGUCCCCUUGCUCUGGGGGAAACGUUCUUGGGAAAGGAACCACUUUUCAGGAGCCAUUAAAAUCUGUGAGCCCCAGUCCUCAAAAGAGAAAAUCUAGAGCCAAGAGCAGAGGUCGUUCUCAAAAUAAAAUUGAACGGAAAGAAACCUUGAAGAACACAAAUAAUGAUGAAAGAGAUUCAUCUAAUAUUACACUGGUCACAACUAAGGAUUUAAUAGCUUCAGAUAUAGUUCACAGCAUAUCGCCACGCCAGUCGCCAUUGCCCCAGCUGCAAAGAAAAGAGGAAAGUGUGACAGAGGAUGAGCGUUUUACCAGUGACAAGCUGUCUAAGAAGAAACAACCAGUUUUGCUGACUGAAUUUUCAGAUUCCACACGUUUGCGACAUGAUAAGAGUCCCCUGCGUGUUGUCCCAGGAACUAGUUCCCCGAAAAUCAAGUUGAUGGAAAAAAGUCAUAAGAAAAUAGUAAGUAAGGAACCCCGCAAAGUACAGACACUCAAUGAAGUUGGUCAGGGUGAGGCACCCAAUACGGCCUUUGGCAAACACUUGGAUAGUCCAGAUGGUAUUUCUCGCCCUGAAGAGCCCCAGAAAGAAAUGGUUGCUUCUAACAAAGAGGGAGCCCGAAAGAAGUCAAAGCCUUUACGUCUCAAAGAACAAGAGGCCAUUGUUGUGGCCAAAGAUCAGAUUCAGCUGAAUUCUCAAGCGAAGGUGGACAAGUCAGAAGACAACUUUUCCAGAAGACAAAAGUCCAGAGGCAAACGCAUGGAUACAGCCACGAGUUGCGAGAGUCAGGAUGCCUUCACUGAUCAAGAAUUGGCUCAAGAGAAAGAGGAUUCAGCUGUGGAGGAUUUUCACUCUCAGUGUGAGGAGCUUCUGCAAAGAAUGAAGUCGAUGAGAACGCCAUCUUUGUCAGGGAAUAAAGAAUCCACAAGUGUUGAUGGUGCCUCUCCAAAGAAUACUUUGGUGCCCAGUAAACGAUCCUCUCCUCCUCCUGAUACAAGUGAUGUGUCAUCUCCACCUGAAGGAAAAAGAAGGAGGGCAGCAGCAAAAGUUAAUUAUGCUGAACCCCUUUUGAAUGCGAAACUGCGCAGGGGUGAUCCAUUCACAUCAAAUUUGUACAAGGGAGAAAAACUGAACAUUUUCAAAUCUCCACGAUCAAAAGCUAAAAAGAAGGCCGAGCUGAGAAGAGAUAUCCUUGGACCACUGCACAAUCUAGCUGAGAAAGAAGAAGGAAAAGCAGAAGCAACUUGAAUAUUGUUUCCUUUAGUCUAUUUCCUUGAGUGUCUUAUGGGGAAUGUGUUUUUCUUACACUAUGAAUGUGGAGAAAGAAUGGAAUGGGAGCUGGUGUGUUGUUUUUGUUUUUGUUUUUCUCUUUAAUUUUUAAAGAGAAUUUUGCAA